AUGUGGGGUGAAAAUGUAAACGUAGGAACGACCUUAGAGGGCGACUCCGUCAACUGGGAGUUUGUUCCUGCUACGAAAUGUGGCUCUCCAGGAUACUAUCUCUACACCGCGCAGAUACAGAAGAGUCCGGAGGAUGAUCGUGAAUAUCGUGUUAUUCGUCUGGGGAACGGACUUGAGGCUGUUGUAGUCCGCGACGGAGAUGCAAUUGCACCAGUGGCUAGUCUAAACAUUGCCACUGGACAUUUUCGCGAUCCAUUGAUGGGGUACUGGUACUCUCAGGAGGACAUGCCCGGGUUAGCGCAUCUGUGUGAGAACUUGACGCUUUCUGGACUGGAGUUGGACGAAGAGUAUACUGAAAGAGUCAACUACAUAUCUGACACAAGCUCAAGCGGGUUGGAUACAAGCUGUACUUUCUCCGUCUCCUCGAAUCACUUGGCCGAUGCUCUUGAGCGCUUCUCCUCUGUUUUCUGUAAUCCGCAGUUCAGUACGGAGAUAAUUCUGCGUGCGAUUGACAAGCUUGACUCCAAGCAGUCGGAACGUCCUGUAGAUGAUGAGCGGAGGAUUGCUGCGGUAGAGAAUACGCUCGCACGCCCUGAACACCCAUUGAAGAAGUUUGGGUGCGACGUGGCAAUAACGAAAACCAGAGAAAAGCUCGGUGAAUGGUGGGAGAAGGAGUACUGUGCGGACCGAAUGAAUUUGGCGCUGAUCGGAAAAGAGUCUCUCGAAGAGCUUACACACUUGGUUGUGAAGCUAUUCUCUCGGAUAAAGAGCGGCGGACAAAAUUCGAUACAGCUCAGCGAACAACCGUACACAAAGGAAGAGCUCUGUAAAAUUACAUAUAUCGAAACUACUGAUGGUGCAUAUAGAGUCAAGAUCAAAUUUUCCGUACCAUGGCAAGCCCCUUUUUGGCGCUUCAAACCUGCGUAUUUCAUUGCGUACAUUAUUCGCCACAGAGGUCCUGGAUCGCUUCAUGCCUACUUGAAAAGCAAAGGAUGGAUUUCUGAAAAAAUAGUUACUGGCGUCGUCAACAUUGCGAACGGAAUCUCGUUCUUUGAAAUAGAGUUGCGGCUCACCAAAGACGGGUUUGAGAACUACCGCGACGUAAUCUUUGCAUGCUUCAAGUUCAUCAACUUCCUCCGCACAUCUGAGCUUCCAAAAUUCAUCCAAGAGGAAAUCAUCAGGCUCGCCCAACUUUCAUUCCGUUUCUCCGAAACCGAUGAUACGUACGACUUUGCGCAGAUUCUCGCUAACUCCCCGAAUCGCAUUAUCCCUCGCGCUUAUAUUCUAACUGGUUUUAGCCUAACAUGGGACUGGGAUGAAAAGCUCGUACGCAAGGUACUCGACGAACUCGUUAUCGAGAAUAGUCUUAUUGCAAUUGCUGCUCAAGCCCACCACCACGAGAUUGGACAAACUGGUCCAUGGCUUUCAGAAUCAUUGUACAAGACACAGUACUUCGUAGAAGAGCCAAGUAGUGAUUUUAUUUCCGCCACGAAGCAACCGAACGAUAUCCAAGAUUUCUCUCUGCCUCAGCGGAAUAAAUUUAUCCCCUCUAAUGUUGAUGUUCAGAAAGUCGAUGUUUCACAGCCACAGAAGCGUCCGGCCCUCAUCAAGCGAACUCCGCUCACGGAGUUAUGGUAUAAGAAAGACGACCAGUUCUGGUCUCCUAACGCAUGGGCCAAGGUUUUUGCAUGGACGCCAUUCGCUAGUAGGACUGUCCGAGCCAAGAUGUUGAACCGAAUAUUCCUCCUCCUUGCCUAUGAUUCAAUCACAGAACAUACGUAUGACGCUCAUCGAGCUGGUUAUAACUAUUUUAUUGGAUGUGAACAAGGGCUCGAUUUUACUUUUAUGGGAUACAGUGACAAGCUAUACGACAUGGCUCGACUUGUUCUCGAAAAGACGAAGAAUGUAGAAAUCAAGAAGGACAGACUGGUGGCAAUGAUUGAGGAGGAAGAAGCUGCGCUUAAGAAAAGACUCCCGCGAAGACUCGAUUUAAUCCCACAGGACAAAUUGUUUCACAUUCUCGAGGAGCACGGGCCAACCACUAAAGAAAAGCUUGAGGCACUCAAGGGCAUUACUGUCGAGGAACUGGUUGAGCAUGUGAAAAAGCUCUUCUUGAAAUUUAGGUAUACAAUUUUGGUCGAUGGUAAUCUUCAAAAAGAGGAUGCCUUCCGUUUUGCAUCUUUGGUAGAAGAGGUUUUGGGAUCUAACCCCGUACCGGAAGAAAAGAAAACGCACGGCCGUACACGUAUUCUUCCAAAACCAUGCAACUAUGUCUGUGAACUUCUCAACCCAGACCCGAACAAAUCCGGAUCAAGCAUCGCUUAUUACUGUCAAAUCGAUAAAAGGAUGGACAAACACUCCAAUGUGGUAGCCUUUCUAUUGUCUGAAAUUCUCGAUAACUUUGGGACUACCGCUGAUGAGCUUCUGGGCAAGUAUGACAUGUCGACUCGACAUGAUCCUGCAACUAUCGGAUGGUACGUUGUCACUCGUGCCAAGAAGGAUACAAAGUAUCUCGAGCAAUGUGUCGAGCAAUUCUUGAGGCAGGCGCGUGUAAAACUCGAGGAGAUGAGCGACGCAAGAUUUGAGGAGCACAAGAAGAUACAGAUACACGAGUGGGCGAAUUGUGCAAAGGCCCGUGAUCUCAGAGGGGAAGCAAUCGCAUUCAGCUAUGCUAUUGAGUCAGAGUACUAUGACUUCACCAGGUACGAGGACUAUGCAAAACUCGGUGAAGGCGUGACAAAGCAGGAUGUUAUCGAUAUGUUCAAGGAAUUCAUCGAUCCCGAUACUCCUACACGCUCGAAACUCUCUGUACAUGUACGUUCUCAGAAGCUCCCAGCGUCCGAAGCCACUGUGGGUCAGGAAUCAGUUGAGUUGGAUUCGAAGGUGGUGUUCAUUGAAGAGGUAGAUCGGUUCCGGGAAAGCCUUGCGCUCUCUGGAUAUCGUAAACCCGUCCAGAAGUUUGAAGUGGAGUAAUUAUUCCUGAUGACUAGAGGUAUUCAUGCCACUUUCUUAGACGUAGGCAUAGGAC